ACGCGGAAACCGUCAAUUGGAGGAAUUACGACAUGGGAUUUAUCAAUGAACCAAGCUCGGUGCCAAUAGUGGUAGUCCAAGCCCCUGAUGAAAUCUACUACAUGCCACCAGCAGCAUUGAAUACCAAGUACACGAACCUCGUCGCAGUCGACGUGCUGUCUGAGGGAGGACACUUCCUGGCGUACGAGAUGCCCGAACAGUUCGCCAAGCUAGUCAUCAGCGCUGUUGAGAGGAUCUUAAACCACAAACAAUGCGAUAAAGCGAACUUUGAGUUUGAUUGCCUCGAUCGUUUGGUAGAUGUGAAACAUUGUUUAUAAGUUCUUUGUACCUAUCAAAUAAAUAACCUGACUAAAUUUAAAUGUCCAAAAACUAAACACUUUUAUAUUUUGC